AGGGGUGGGCUGAGCUGAGGCGGGGGCAGGGGAGUGCCCGACACCGUGCCUGACCCCGCGGGUGACACGAGCCGGUUCUUUCCGGGCUGGGUGGCAGCGCGCGGCCCUGAGCCCCGCCCCAGGCCGGCAGGCGGAGAAGGAGCCGGUGGGGGUAGGGGGUGCGGUGGGGGGUGGGAGUCCUCCGGCGCUUGGGGGUCCCAGUCCCCGCCGGCUGCCGAGCGGGAGGGGUGGCGGAGGAGCCGCAGAGAUGUCCGGCCAGAGCUUGACGGACCGAAUCACCGCCGCCCAGCACAGUGUCACCGGCUCCGCCGUAUCCAAGACAGUAUGCAAGGCCACGACCCACGAGAUCAUGGGGCCCAAGAAAAAGCACCUGGACUACUUGAUUCAGUGCACAAAUGAAAUGAAUGUGAACAUCCCACAGUUGGCAGACAGUUUAUUUGAAAGAACUACUAACAGUAGUUGGGUGGUGGUCUUCAAAUCUCUCAUUACAACUCAUCAUUUGAUGGUGUAUGGAAAUGAGCGUUUUAUUCAGUAUUUGGCUUCAAGAAACACGUUGUUUAACUUAAGCAAUUUUUUGGAUAAAAGUGGAUUGCAAGGAUAUGACAUGUCUACAUUUAUUAGGCGGUAUAGUAGAUAUCUAAAUGAAAAAGCAGUUUCAUACAGACAAGUUGCAUUUGAUUUCACAAAAGUGAAAAGAGGGGCUGAUGGAGUUAUGAGAACAAUGAACACAGAAAAACUCCUAAAAACUGUACCAAUUAUUCAAAAUCAAAUGGAUGCCCUUCUUGAUUUUAAUGUUAAUAGCAAUGAACUUACAAAUGGAGUAAUAAAUGCUGCCUUCAUGCUCCUCUUUAAAGAUGCCAUUAGACUGUUUGCAGCAUACAAUGAAGGAAUUAUUAACCUGUUGGAAAAAUAUUUUGAUAUGAAAAAGAACCAGUGCAAAGAAGGUCUUGACAUCUAUAAGAAGUUCCUGACUAGGAUGACAAGAAUCUCAGAGUUUCUCAAAGUUGCAGAGCAAGUUGGAAUUGACAGAGGUGAUAUACCGGACCUUUCACAGGCCCCCAGCAGUCUUCUUGAUGCUUUGGAACAGCAUUUAGCUUCCUUGGAAGGAAAGAAAAUCAAAGAUUCUACAGCUGCAAGCAGGGCAACAACACUUUCCAAUGCAGUCUCUUCCCUGGCAAGCACUGGCCUGUCUCUUACCAAAGUGGAUGAAAGGGAAAAGCAGGCAGCAUUAGAGGAAGAACAGGCUCGUUUAAAAGCUUUAAAGGAACAGCGCCUAAAAGAACUUGCAAAGAAACCUCAUACCUCUUUAACAACUGCAGCCUCUCCUGUGUCCACCUCUGCAGGGGGUAUAAUGACUGCACCAGCCAUUGACAUAUUUUCUACCCCUAGUUCUUCUAACAGCACAUCAAAGCUACCAAAUGAUCUGCUUGAUUUGCAACAGCCAACUUUUCACCCAGCUAUACUUCCUAUGUCAACUGCUUCUCAGGUAGCAAGUACAUGGGGAGAUCCUUUCUCUGCUACUGUAGAUGCUGUUGAUGAUGCCAUUCCAAGCUUAAAUCCUUUCCUCACAAAAAGUAGUGGUGAUGUUCACCUUCCCAUUUCUUCAGAUGUAUCUACUUUUACUACUAGGACACCUACUCAUGAAAUGUUUGUUGGAUUCACUCCUUCUCCGGUUGCACAGCCACAUCCUUCAGCUGGCCUUAAUGUUGACUUUGAAUCUGUGUUUGGAAAUAAAUCUACCAAUGUUAUUGUAGAUUCUGGGGGCUUUGAUGAACUAGGUGGACUUCUCAAACCAACAGUGGCCUCUCAGAACCAGAGUCUUCCUGUUGCCAAACUCCCACCUAACAAGUUAGUAUCUGAUGACUUGGAUUCAUCCUUAGCCAACCUUGUGGGUAAUCUUGGCAUUGGAAAUGGAACCACUAAGAAUGAUGUAAAUUGGAGUCAGCCUGGUGAAAAGAAGCUAACUGGAGGAUCUAACUGGCAACCAAAGGUUGCCCCAACAACUGCUUGGAAUGCUGCAACAAUGAAUGGCAUGCAUUUUCCACAAUACGCACCCCCCGUAAUGGCCUAUCCUGCUACUACACCAACAGGCAUGAUAGGAUAUGGAAUCCCACCUCAAAUGGGAAGUGUACCUGUGAUGACACAACCAACCUUAAUAUACAGUCAGCCUGUCAUGAGACCACCAAACCCCUUUGGUCCUGUAUCAGGAGCACAGCUGUCGGCAGCAUCCAGCCCCUCCAGUCACAGUCCUCACAGAGCUUCAGGAAAGGACCCUUUUGCAGAGCUCUCUUUGGAGGAUUUCUUAUAAAUCACUUUAGAUACAAUUUAUGUAAUUAGAUGGAAGAGAAUGGAAUUAUUUCAAAAAGACAAGUGCUCAAGCAGCUAAUACUUACUUCCAGCAAAAUCCAAACUGCUGUCUCUUAAACUCUCUUCUUCCAUUAGAAUGCUACAGUAACCCAGUGAAGGCCCAUGAAGGAAAUUGGGACUAGUCUAUAGGAGAACAUAUCAAUACAGUUUAUAAAGCCAAGAAUUGCCAUGAUUUCAGACUAAGAUCUGUCUUUUUGGUGACUAACCCUUCAGUUCUUUCAACUUCUGUUAAUACCCAUAAUCAGUAACCUACCGAGAAAAGCCCUUAUUUGGAAAGUAUGAAAUUUGUAUUUGGAAAAGCUGCCUGGAGGGAAGAGCUGUGUCCUUUACUGUAAUGCAACAGGACUCUUCUGGGGGGGAUCAAAAUCAUAAUUCUUAAUUAUGCAGUAUCUUUCUUUUCUCCAGUCCUCACAGAUAUAAAAACAGUAACUAAAAUUAACUUUUCUUUUUAAAAAAAAUAUAUAUUCAGUUUGCAGUAGACAUUCCUUAAGUAUUUGUAUUUAUUUAUGAUUAUCAAUUUACGUAACAUUAAUAUUGUAUCAAACCUCCUUAUGAAAAUGAGUAUGGAUGUACACAGUAUGUUUGAUUUUUAUCCAUAAGAAUGAAUCUGAUUCAGAAUGCUUUCAGCUGGCAUACAGAGCACUAAAUAUUUUAAGGCAAGUCCAUAGGUCUGAAUCGCUUAAGAAUUCUCAGUCUCUAUGGGAUUUAGGGAAGCAUUAUAAAUGCAUUAAUCCUUAUAGUCAAUUCUGUGCCUAGGAUUUUGCAAGGGAACAGUUCACUGACUAGGAGAAGCACUACAUUUUAAAUUCAGCAUUAGUGCAUUGGGAAGGAACUUUUACUGCUUUGUGCUUGGCAUGUCAUUAUUUUCCAUUUGACAUUAGGGCCUUUCCAAAAUGAAUGUGAGGAAUUGCUUUCACUUCAAGACUUUCCUUCUUUUCAGUAAAACUAGGAGGUGUUAUGGGGGGAGGGAAGAGGGCAAAAUCCUUGAACCUUUUAUUUGGCUCAUGCCAUGUUAUGAUCAUGUACCUUUUAAAUAAGGGGAAAUAGUAUCUUUAAAGUUAAUGUGUAGGCAAGAGUUUAGUUAAAGAAUUAAACUGCACUGUUGAUCGGUGCUUUGUGUAAAUACAUCUUAAUGUUUAGGUUGAGAGGGGCCUUAAGAAGGACAGUUUGUUGUAGGAAAGCAAUUCUGUACAUGAGUUUAAGCAUACUUGUUGCAUUGUCUCUGCAGAUUCUAUUUUUGUUUACAAUAUUAAAAUGUAUGUUAGCAAAAAUGGGUGGAUUUUCAAAUAAAAUGCAGCUUCCACAAAA